AUGCCAGUAUCUGUAUACGCUAAGUUGAAGUUCUUUUUUGUAGAAUUGAAAUUGGGAUCAACACCGAUCUUUGGCGGUAGCAUGAGCUAUCGAGUAGCCCAGAAUGAUGGUGUGGACCUACCGAACGUGUAUCAGCGAUCCCGCGACUCGACUGGAAACUACGGCAACAAUGUAGCGAUUGCGACCUCCACUCCGUUCGUUAGAAGUAAAAGUGAUCUGAAUUUAGCAGCCAACGAUUCUGUUAGUGAUUCGAGUGGUUACAUCGAUCCGGACACGUUUCGACCCGCAAAGAGAAAAGACAUGAUUCCGAAACCAACCCAACGAAUUCGAUCGAACAUAACAUCAGCUCCACCUAUUCCGCCCCGAUUUAUCACAGAUUCCAAUAACAAUGGGGACAUGGCUACUAAUUUAGCUGGUUCGGAUUAUAGUCCAUAUGACUUUUCGAAAAGCAUCGCAGAGUCAGCAAUGGAUAUUUCCCUGUUGACCGCCAAUGCAAACCAAUUGAGAUUGCUGAUAACCUACAAUCAGGGAUCGCAGACCUAUACAGCUUGUAUCACGUUCGUAAUAAUGUCCCUGGUUUUACAGAUGUUUGUGGCCGUCACCAUGAUCAUUGUUUCGUUAAUGAAACAAAAUCUUCAUGAAACAACACGACAAAAACUAAAAAUUUUCACGUCUGUCGGCGUUGCCAUUAUAACGAUGAUCAACAUAUUGGUGGCCUCGCUGGUAGUUGCAGAGCAGCCAACAAAUGGUACAAGAUCUGUUUUAAUGCUAGAAUCACUUCCUUCUUCGCUUGUUACUGAGGGUACCACUGCUACAACUAUGGCUGCGACUAUGGCGACGACUAUGGGUACAACUAUGGGUACAACUGUUAGUAGCACAACAGCAGUGCCAGUAGAGGUAAUGUGA